AAUACAAUGCACGUAGAACGAAAAUCUGAGCUGCGCAGCAUGCUGAAGUCCGGGGACAAGCGCUGCAAGCUGGUAGAGCCCCGGAACACAAAAAGCUGCGUCUGGAGGUUUUUCAAUCUGGUGUCCUGCGACGAGCAAAUCGAGCCCUAUGCGUGCUGCAAAACCUGCGGAGAUCUUCUUUCCUACAGCGGGAAAACCGGCACGGGGAGCCUACUGCGCCACCGAUGUCUCCACUCGAGUAACGUGGCGGCACUGACCAGCACUGACAGCAGCAACGCCGAUAUCUCAAUUAUACGAAAAAAAGAAGACGAAAAUCAGUUUAGCAUCCGAGAAGUUAUAGGAAAGUCAUUAAAAAUGCCAAAAGGACGUGUAAGCAAUGUGUGGCAGCACUACGACAUCAACGAGGAGUGCGAAAACUUCGCGAUAUGCCGCUACUGCGGUAACAAUAUAUCGCGUGGCGGCAUGGCUAGCAACCUGAAGGGCAACAAUACGACCAAUUUAUGGACGCAUCUGCGUCACAAGCACAGCGACGAGGUCCUGGUCAGUCCCGUCCAGCAGCGCCCGACGCGGGGCUUUCCGAUAAUCAAGAAAGAAAAAACCGUGCGGAUAACCAAGGCCAAGCAGCUGCGCGAGCCCCUGCGGCUGGCCAAGCCGAAGAUAGAGGUCACUGGCUCGUAUGUUGGCGAGACCGGGGCCCUGCCGCAAAAGUGGGAGGAGUAUGAGCAAAACGACGAGAUCAGCGACGAUAUUAAGGACAUCAUAUACAGCGAGGAUCCGCUAUGCUAUAGCCCCAUACAUGUUAUGGAAGAUGAGACCCUGGAGACGGGCGAGAAGGUUCAUGUAGUGGCCAACACCAGCGUUGGUGCAGCAACCGGUAGUCGGCCCAGUGCCACACCAGUGGUGGCCACCGUGGUGGCAUCUAGCUCGGCCAGCUCCCCGGCCAAGCAGCUGAAAAACAACCUGGAAACGUCUAUCGACCGUUUGACUACUGUCAGUGAGCAGCUGAGCUACAUCAUCCAGCAGAACCACGAGGAGCAAACAAAGGACGACGAUUACUACUUUGCCCUAAGUCUGGUGCCCAUCAUGCGCCAUCUUUCCAUCAAUCGCAAGAUGUACGUUCGCUCUAAGAUCCAGGAGAUAUUGUUCAAGGAGAGCGAGGGCGAUUCAGUGGCAUCCAAGGACGAGUAAGUGGAUUCACAAGCCCCAAGCAAGGAACGAUAGCAACAAGACAUAUUUUCGAUGUCGGUAAUUAAGAUAAUUAUAUAUACACUCCCGCUGUGUAUUCAGUUAAAUUAUGAAUACGAGACAUUUUGCUUUUGAUUGUUUGGCUUUUGCGACUCAUACGCCAAUACAUCUAUAUUUUCACAUUUCAUAUUUGAUCUUAGCCACAGACACGAAAUAAAAUAAUAAAACUGUACCACAUAGUAAUAACCAAACGCA